AAACCCCACUUUAUCAAAUUAAUUUAUGCUGUAUAUUCAUUUAUUACAUGUCUGUCAAACAUUUAUUUGAAAGUCAUUUUUCCCCCCAGUUAUCAGCACCGGAAAUUAUAAAGGCCGCACACACAGGUUUUCAUAUUGUUAACAUAGUGUUUGAUUUAUUAAAACACACACGGGGCUAAAACAAAUAAUCAUCAAGGUAAACAGAAAGGAGGUGGCAGGUGUGGUAAUAAAAACAAGGUGUGUAAACACAUUUGGUCUUGUCAGAUGAAUCCCGUUGUCCGGCGUUGUGUGCUGAAGCCCUGUGCUUACUCGACCUUUUAUCCUCUGCGUGUUAUGAAAAGCGUGUGGGGCUGAGGGAGGUAAACCUGUUGUUCCCCUCUGACUUCUCCUGUGUCAGUCUCACGAGAUAAGUGUCGUAGGAGGGGCGUGUCGUGAAUUGUGCCUUCAGCGGGGCAGGUUUAGGUUGCCGCCGCUGUCCUCGGAGUUUACUCGCUACUGGGGAAACUUGUGUGACGCGUGAGGGCGAUGGGUCAUGGAACGGCUGAUAACAUGAACUGGGCCGGACGACUUCAGAAUCUGCUGCUUUUGGUCCACCUCAGGCAGAUCAUAUGUGGCCAGGUCCAGUUUUCUCUCCAGGAGGAGCAGGAACCUGGUACUCUAGUUGGGUCACUUAGGAAACACUUUCCGCCUCCGUACCAGCUCCUGACUCAGGACUACUUGCGGGUGGACGGAGACACGGGGAACCUCUACACCACAGAGCUGAGGAUGGAUUAUGAGGACAUCUGCCCCAGGGAGACAGCCGUGGAGGAAUGCAAUAUUCUACACUAUGCGAUCGUUGGACCCACAGAGGAGCUCAUACAGUUUCCUGUGAUUAUGGAGGACAUCAACGACAAUGCACCUCAUUUUGAAAACAGUGAAAUACACCUGAGGAUUUCUGAGGACGUUCCUGUAGGGACCAGUUUUCCAUUGGACGACCAGGCUCAGGACAGGGACGCUGGACGUAACGGCGAGAUCAGAUACCAUUUAAUGGAUUCUGAUGACAUUUUCAGUUUAAGGGUUGAAGAUGAAGGACAAGUCAUUAUGCUGGUGGUGGAAGCAGCCCUGGAUAGGGAGACUCAGGAUCUGUAUCAGAUGGCUCUGGUGGCGACCGACUGUGGCACAGACCCCAGAAGUGCUACGGCAACUUUGAUAGUCACCGUGACAGAUGUCAACGACAACUGCCCGAGCUUCCACUCGGACAGCCCUCGUCAUGUCACCAUCCCUGGGGACUCCUCGAAGGACACGGUGGUGGCUCAGGUCAGAGCCACAGACCCAGACGUAGGCACGAACGCUGCCAUCGUGUAUUCCCUCAGUCCCAAAGUCUCUGAGAGGGCCAGGAGCCUCUUUAGCCUGGACAGCCUGACCGGGUCCAUCAGGCUGUCACAGGACCUCCACAGUGACAACUCUGAGGAGCUGCUGUUAAAGGUGUUAGCUAGCAGCCAUCACUGCCCCCCAGCAGACACUCAGGUAACUGUAGCCGUGCUCCCUGAGGCAAAACAAGAGCUGACACUCAAGAUGGGGUUCAUAGUGGAGCAUCAAAACCAGACCUUGGUGAUACUGGAGAACCAGCCUCCCACCGGCUUAGCUGUUUUAGAGCUGGAGGGUGACAGCAGCUUUAAAGGCUCAUCUCUUGCCAUUGAGGGUGAAGUGCCGUUCACUUUGAGCCCACAGAACGGCAAAUAUCUGCUUUCCACAUCAAAGCCUUUAGACUACGAGAUGAAAAGGGAACAUCACAUCACUGUGGUCGUCCACGGGAGAUCAGGGGAGGUGUCGACACAUAUUCCUUCCAGGCAUGUGAUCAGGGUGUUGGUGGCAGACGUCAAUGACAAUGCUCCGUGUUUCCUGCAGUCUUUCUACCAGCUGGAGGUAAUGGAAAACAACCAGCCGGGAACGUCACUGCUGCAGGUGUCAGCCUCGGACGCAGACAGCGGGCAGAACGGCAGAGUGACCUACAGGCUGGACGGACAAGCGAGGUCCAUCUUUUACCUGGACCCUGCCACGGGUCAGCUGUCCGUGUCAACGUCUCUGGACAGGGAGGAGCAGGCUGACCACAAGCUCACGGUGUUUGCACGAGAUAGCGGCUCCCCCGCCCUGGAGUCCACGGCCGUUGUGUCUGUCCGUGUUCUGGACCAGAAUGACAAUGCACCAGUUUUCAUAACCCCUCACUUCAUCUUUUUCAUCCCCGAGGACGUAGCUCCGUCCGCCCGGGUGGGACAGUUUGUGGUGACAGACCCAGAUGAGGGGCAGAAUGGACACACAGAGUUGCAGGUGGUUAACAGCAAUGGACCGUUUGUGGUGGAUAAUACAGAGGGGACGCUACGGACCACCUCCAACCUGGACCGUGAGACAGACGACCACUAUGAGCUCUUCCUGUUGGUCUGGGAUCACGGACAUCCAGAGGCUUUGACGUCCACCGCCAGAGUUACCAUUAUUGUGGAGGACAUCAACGACAAUCAGCCAAAAGUAAUCUUCCCCAGCAACAACAUGUCGUGCCUGACUGUCUCGCCAUCUGCUGCAGCCGGGACCCUGGUGACAAAGAUCUACGCCGUGGAUGAGGAUCUGGGCCUGAAUUCGGAGAUUACCUACACCAUGGCGGCACCAAAGCAGACGGCUGAGACCAGCAGUCCCUUCCACUUAGAUUCAAGGUCGGGCAACAUCACGUUGGUGGAGCAGGUUCUGGAGAAGCACCUGGGAAUGCACCACCUCUUCAUUGUGGUCAGAGACGGGGGAAAACCCGUUCCUCUUUUUAGCACAGUCUGGGUAAAUCUGCGGGUCAACGACAGCACGGAGCCCUGUCGUUUGGAGAGGGAACCCACCUGGGCGGGGUCACCUGACUUGAUUCACACCCCGCUCACUGCCCCCAUGUGUGAAAUAGAGAGUCCAAAGUCAGCUCAGCUGGUGCUGCUAGCGGGCGUGGGUUUAAUGCUGGCGUCAGCGAGUUUGUUUCUGGUGACAGCGCUCUUGUACCUGAAGCAAAGGAGACAAAGUGCACGUCAGAACACGAGGGGGACAACGGAGGAGAAUAAGAUUCCUCUCAGGCUGAAAGAAAAAUAUUACAGCAAUGACUGAGAAAAUAAAGCAAGCCAUGUGUAUCGUGCUCACUCAUUCAGUGUCACAGAUAAAUGCAGUCUGUAAAAUAAAAGUCCUCUGGAAAAAAAAAAAGAAAAAAGAAAGACUGUCACAGGCUUCUGGCAUUUUAAUGAUCAGAUUAGUUGAAUUAUUCUGACACUCACUGUAUUCAAACAUUUGUCAACAGCAAAGCAGAGGGGAUUUUUCCAGGGAAAUAAAAUUGAUCCAUUUUCUGAUAAAGAGCCCUGUAAGCUACCAGGGAAGCAAAUAAAGCGGGAGCUGAUAAGUAAGUAUUUGAUGUUUCCACCAGAAGAGACUUGUUCCCUAUGCUUUCUGUCGAAAUUUGUUCAACGCCAUAAUUUGGCCGUGGCGAAGCGUACGGUAUCACACACUCCAGCGCAGAGUCUGGUGUUAGGCAUCAGUAAAUUGACAGUGUUCCCAUUCAUAUUAUAAGGGAUUAUAGAGCCAGAUGAAGAGUGAAUUAUUGGACUGCUCAGGUGACGGGGCCUCUCCCAGAGGCACGGUUAGAAUUCAGAAUGAAUGAGGUGGAGUUUAAACUAUUUAGACACACAAAUGGGUUGGAUGUUCCUCCAUUGGGGCCCGGGGGGUGAGGGGAGGGGGUGCUCAGCUCAAAAAGAGAAACCACAGGAGGCAGACAGAGACUGAGGACAGGUGAGAGGCAGCCGAGGGAAGGCACACCGCCAUCUCAAGUCACCGCCUCGCACCUGUCACCCGAUAGCACCGCUUCUCACUCGCAGCGCUGGAACUCACCCAAAAAGUCUGCAGUACAGCCAGUGGAACGACGGGUUUGUUGUUCUGAUAACAGAUGUUUGGAGCCAAAUCACACGGUGUUCAAAGAAUCCUCCACAAAGGCCCGUGGCUUUCAAGCGUUACUGAUACCUUUGUAUGCAGUGGAACAAUUGAGAUAUCAAACCAGGCUAAGUGAUGCGUUAAGUAUGAAUGAGUCGUUGAGGGGUUGGGGGGGUGGGUUUGGGUGGAAGAGGGGGUAAAAAUGUGCUCACAAAUCUGUGAACGCACAAUUACAGAAAGCAGGCGGAUGACUUGUUUUCGCUUUUUGAAUUAAAACAAUCAAAUUUUCCUUCCAACUUCAUUUAAACCUAAUAAUGUGAGCUCUGAGGAGCGCCGGCGACGGAGAGCGGGAGGGAAAAACUAAAGAUGGAAACCUGUUAAACACAAUGUACUACAAGCUGGUUAACAAAGGUACAGGCUGUCAAGGCUUGUACAACACACAAAUGGUGUCUCCUCGUGGGAUUUGUCAUCUAGAAGCUCUGAAAUUAAUAUUCUUGCCUGGGUUUUAAAUUAUUACUCAGUCAUUCAUUCAUCAUCUAUUAACGGGGCAGGGGUAGGUGAGGUCAAACCAGUGGGCAUCAGAUGACACUGAAGGUGUACACCCUGGUUUACACCUUGGGACUGCCAUUCACACAUGCACUUAAAACUAAAGUUAUUGAGUGUUGCCAUAAUUAACAUGUCCACUCAUCUAAACCUGCAGUUUUUAUUUGGAGUUUUUUCUUAUUAUUAUUUUUAUUGUUAAUGGACUAUGAGCAGAAACUGGAGUACCAGGAGUAACCACUAGGGAACCUGCAACCUGAUUAUAUCAAACGAAUGAUGUAUUAUUAUUUAUUAUAAUUUAUCAAUGUUUGUCUGUGGAUCAAUUAUGUAUUUCUGAUCAUUAUUUAACACCAGGGAUCAAACCUGUGACAUCCCUACUGUAAGGCCUAAGUGAUUUUUUUUAAACAAUAUCACAUUUAGAUCACAUUUAGACACGUCCCCGGGUGACGCUGUCUUUCCUAAAAAGAAAAAGGACAAGAACUGUGGGGAAUUAUGCUGAUGCUUCUGCUGUUGCAGAGAGACAGUGGUAGGAGAAAGUCUGCCAUCUACUGGGCGCAGGCAGAGCCAAAUCUGGGUCUAUUUCUGGUACUUGGCCACAGGGCGGAGAUGAAUCAGAGGACGGUCUCUCACUCUGCCACACUCAGGUCGCCGAGUUUAGUGAUGUUUCCCUGCUGCACGCUGCUCUGCUCCAAUUAUGGCACAUUUCCCUUUAAUUUAAUUAAAUUGAAUUUCUCCGAGUACAAUGUUUUGACUGUGGGUUUUUGAGGUUACGGUGGCAGACGUGGACGAAGAGACCAGCUGACAGAUACCAGGGGAAUUACAACCAGGGAGAAAUCCGUCUAAUUAAAAUACCAGUUUUCCCUCCUUUAUUAGAGAUUCCUGCCCUCUAACUAGCCAUGUUAAAUUCAUUAAUGCUAAUCUGAGCUAACCAGGCAUUCAACGUCUGGGAAUGACACUUGAAGCUUGCUAAAGGAGCAGCUCAGGUCCAAAUGGACUCAUUGAGGAGAUAAUAGAUAAAGUACAUGUCGGUUUUACCCAGUGGAAUGUCAGACUAUUUCUGCUCAUCUCUGACUGGAGUCAAUUUGACCAAAUCAGACCAGUUUCCUCAGACUGGAGCACACUGCCAGGCUGACUACGAAGCUUGAAAGGUCAAAUAUGUAGGCACUGGUGACCCCUAAUGGUGAGUCAGCCUAUUGAUGUAUUAAAAACCAGCCCACCCCUGUGAGUCAGGAAUAAUAUUGCAAAGCUCUUUCCUUUUUAAAAUCCAAACACAUACCCAGCUGCUUUCCACACAGCACUUCUGUUUACAGAGUACUGUCAGUAGGCCGGGGGAAAUAGUACUUUAAUUGGACCAAAUUUUCUGUGAUAUCUUAACGCCACUCAGUUGAGUUUUUUUUUUUUUUUUUUGCUUUACUGGUGAUUGUUGUAAGCUAAAAAAUAUCAUUACAAGUGCAAUGCAACAUACAGGACACCAGUAAUCUUUAAGCCAUUUUUCUUUAAUAAUUAAAAAUAAUAAAAUAAAAUAAAAGCAGAAUUGAAAACACUAGCAACAUAUUACGGAAUGUUGAUUAAGCUAUAUGAAUCGUGAUAAGUUACAAUUAACAACAUCAAUUGAGAUAAUUCCAUACAUAGCUACACUGUGGUUGAUUACAGUAAAAUUUUACAUCUAGAGAUGUCCGAUAAUAUCGGCCGAUAUUGGCAUAAUUGUCGUUAUCCGUUUUCCUCUAAUAAUGAAAACCCAAUAAGGCAGUGCCUGGGUUUUGUCAAAUGACAUGUACCCUACAAAGUG